AUGGCCAGAUCCCGUGUUCCCCAAUUGAUUGGUACCGUGUGUUUGAAGCUCUUUUGGCCGAAGCUAGAGGUGUCUCAAUUGAGUAGCUCCUACAGAGCUUCUGCUAGAAGCAGCCACGGUGCUCUUCCUUCGCCAGGGCUACCCUGCCAGGUCCCAUCUGGAGCCAUCUCGGAGAGCAUCCUGACCCCAGCCAAGUCCCACGGCAUGGCUCCGACAAUUGCAUGUUCCGUCGCGGUUUUGGCUGAGAAGCUAUUUUCCGAAUUACAAUGUUCAACUCCACCCAUUUCUCAGCUUUCUCAAUUUUUCUUCUUGCCUGGAAAUCUGUGUUUGGUAUCCGUGCAAUCGCCCGGCAAGUCAGCCAUCAGUGCCCUAUCGUACGGUAACGAAUCGCGUCGUGUGGCUGGUGGUGAUUCACGACGGUCAUCUAAUACCAUGCGGGUAUCUUGGUGUGAACUCCAUGCAAAUUCCGGUCGGCUAUACCUUAAUCGAGAUAUACUUUGUUGGUUAAGAGCCUCGAUCUCAGUCUCUAGCUCGUACAAGGGCAGCGAUAUCACCAAGUGCCGUUUCUCAAAACCCUACCCCACAAAUGACAGCUGGCUGGCGAUGACCUGCAGGCAGUCAAGGCGGGCGGCGUACGAUGGCUGCAUUCGAUUCAAUGAAUGCUAUUGUGUGCAGUACGCCGCUGAAAGUGCCGUGCGGAUAAUGCCGACGCUAUUCAUUGAUUCAAGAAAGCUGGAGCCUGCUAUCCAUACAAGGGCAGCAUCUCGCACGCUCAUCGAAACAUUGCUAUGUCGGACGGAGAAGACUCCAAAUCAGUCGCUUCAUGCUCUGCAUGGACCAGGGCCCCCCCCCCCCCCCCCGUCACAAGAAUAUGGGACCUGCCACAUCGCCAACGACCAGGCUCAUGAUGUCAUUCUUGCUUUUCAAAUAUUUCCACGUCAGUCUACCCACGAGGCUGAAACCUUUCAGGGACCUCUAGUACCUAUCAAAGUCUUGGAACAAUUUAUGGAGUAUGGUAAUGGCAGAGAUUGCGCAGGCCACCUCGAAAAGAAGAACCGAAAACAUCACAAGCAUGGGGGGCAUCAAAAAAAAUCAAUCAGGCUAGUGCUGUCAACGUGGCACCCCCUUGAUUCAGUCACACGUUGGUUAGAGGUGUACAUUGACUGA